UUGCAUUGGGAAAACCGAAAAAAAUAUACUUGUAUACAUUUUCAAAAAUGUAGUCAAGGGAUCAUGGAGGAGGUUUCCAAUAGCGAUGUAGAGAAGGUGGAAACAAGUACGCCAGUAACAAAAACCAGAAGAAAGGUUGAGUCCCCUACAGAAUCUGGAGAAGGUCCUGUGACCCUCAGUUCUCAAGAAGUGUUACUCAGCACACACACGUAUAAUUCACCAGAUGAUGUGCAUUCCAUCGACACUAAUGAAGAUAGAAUUCCAGACACUCUUUCUUUAUGCGAUAAGUGCAAACCUGAAGAUGUUAAAAUAGAAGAAAGACAUAGUGGAGUAAAGCUUGAUAGCUCAGGAAUCUCUGGAGAUAUACGUCAUGGGAACCGGAUGAGUGCAGAUUCAAUGGAAUCAGAACUCAAUUCUGACUUUAGUGGGGAGUUUUCAGAUAAUUGUGUCAGGAUUUUGAGGAAGAAAAAACGAGAGUUAAUUGAAACAGACGAUACGGAAGACCCCGAAGAGGAGUUUAGGAAACAUUUUCUCAAAACUUUUCAGGACUUGCCUAGAAUAUCACAGAUCUCACUAGACGAUAACCCCAUAAACCCGCCAACAGAAAGAAACCAGAAAGCCGAAACAGAUGCAGAAAUGCCAAAUACUUCUAAUGAAGAAACGCAAUUAUUACCAAAAGAAGCUGAUUUCACUGGUAAAACAACGAUACCUGCAAAUAUAUCAAAUAGUAAUGCAGACAAAAUUGAGGAGCCGGAUAAAAAUAUUGCAGAAAACACCGAAACAAAAUUCCUUCAAAAUUGUGAUAUUCAAGAAAAAGAGACUGCUGAUGAAAUGCCUUCCUCGUCAAAUAAAAACAUUUAACAACAAAAUGAGUAUAAUAUGUAACCCCUUAUAAAAAAUGUGAAAAAUGGGUAAAAAUACAUUUU